AAUUUACGUCACAUUCAAGUUCGCAUCAAAAUAUGCAAAAUAUAUUGAUAGUAACCUGAGAGAACUAUGAGUGGAAUACCACCCCAACAUCGGCGGUUGGAGACACUCGAGUCCAGGAUCAAGAGUCCGAGCUCUGAGCUUAACAUCGACAGUCUUCUAGAUGGCAUUGUUGCCCUUGUGCGGGACCUGGACCAUCAGGCAAUCAGGAGCCGCAACAAAAGUGUUGAGCAGUUUUUACAUAAAUACAAGAAUGGCUUUGAUGUGGUCACUAAGAACCGAAUGCGACACGAUGACUUUGACGUUUUAAAGGUUAUAGGACGGGGUGCGUUUGGAGAAGUACAGUUAGUGCGGCAUAAGAUCUCAAAAAAAGUGUUCGCCAUGAAACUGCUGAGCAAAUAUGAAAUGAUAAAAAGGGCUGACACAGCAUUCUACUGGGAAGAACGUGAGAUCAUGGCAAAUGCCAACAGCGAGUGGAUUGUAGAGUUGCACUAUUCAUUCCAAGAUGACAAAUUCCUUUACAUGGUUAUGGACUACAUGCCCGGUGGAGACCUUGUUAAUAUGAUGAGCCACUAUGACGUGCCGGAGAAAUGGGCCAAGUUUUAUUGCGCUGAAGUUGUUCUGGCGUUAGACGCCAUCCAUUCCAUGGGAUUUGUACAUAGAGAUGUGAAGCCAGACAAUAUGCUGCUGGACGCUAGGGGUCAUCUCAAACUGGCAGACUUUGGUACUUGUAUGAGAAUGGACAGGGAUGGUAUGGUGCGUUCGGAUACAGCUGUGGGAACGCCUGAUUACAUUUCUCCAGAGGUGCUCAAAUCUCAGGGUGGCAACGGUUACUAUGGCCGCGAGUGUGACUGGUGGUCAGUGGGCGUCUUCCUUUACGAAAUGUUGGUUGGUGAUACACCGUUCUAUGCAGAAUCUCUCGUUGGGACCUAUGGCAAAAUCAUGGACCAUAAAAACUCCUUAGAAUUCCCAAACGACAUUGAAAUGUCAGGAGAUGCCAAGAGUUUAAUAAGUGCUUUUCUCACUGAUAGAAAUGAACGACUUGGCAAAAAUGGCAUACAGGAGAUUAAAAGUCAUCGUUUUUUCAAAAAUGACCAAUGGAGCUGGGACAAUAUAAGAACUGCCACUCCACCUCUGGUGAUAGAGCUGGAUGGGGAUGAUGACACGAGUCGCUUUGAAGAUGUGGAGAAAGACAACAGUCCAGAGGGUGCUUUCGAGGUGCCCAAAGCCUACGCAGGAAACCAUCUACCGUUCAUAGGGUUCACUUACAAUAAGGAAUAUCAAUUAUUGUCGUUGGGGAGUAGUGCAAUACAACAGAAUGGCAGUAAAAUCACUGGAGGGGAUCCUGGUUUGGAGCAGAGGCUGCGACAACUUGAUGAUCAGCUACGCUCAACAAAAUCAGCCAACAGUGAUUGGGAGAACAAAUUUGCGUCCAUUAAAUUGGAAAAUGAACGAAUACAGAAGGAAGAAAACCAGUUGCGGAAAGAUUGUGGAGAAUUUGAGAAGCGUAUAGCACUUGCCAAGCAUGACAUCAAAGAGUUGCAACGAAAGCUUGACAUGGAGGCGGAAAACAAGCGUAAGCUGGAGUCGCUGAUCCAUGAUCGGGAGCGGCAACUAGAGCAUGAGUUGUCGCGAAGUCGUGACGCGGAGAACAACAAAUCCUCCUAUACUGACAGGAUCACAGCAUUAGAGAAAAACUUAAAUGAAAGCAAGGAAAAGGUUUGGCAAGAGCAGGAAAACUCAAACAAGGCUCGAAAGCAGAUUUCAGAUUUGCAACAGAGACUGAAUAUGAGUGAGCAGAGUUACCUAGACCUGUCCAGCAAGUACUCUGACCUGCAGGGUGCCAAGUUGGCCGUGGAGAAGGAGUUACGGGCACUCAGGCUGGCCCUGGAGAAUGAGCAGCUCAAUAGGAACCAGGCGUCAGAACAGAGCGUUGAGUUGCAUGAACGCAUCCGAUACCUCCAGAAGGAACUGGACAAGGGCAAGGACCGCGACCUGUCCUCAAACAGUGAGUUACGCAAGCUCCAAGAUAAGAUAAACAUGCUUGAGAAGGCCAAGAAUGAGAUUGAGCUGGAGAAGCAGAGGUUUGUGACUCUGCUGGAGGCAGAGAGAGGCACCCACCAGGAGACGGUCGCCAAGUUCAACCUGGACAAGAAGAACAUCCUCAUGUCCACAGAGGAGGCUAAUCUGGAGGCCAUCAGAGAAAUGCAGCGCAAAUUUGAGAACGAGGAGCGUAAACGCAAGACGGUGGAGGAACAGCUAUUGAGUGUAGAGAAGGAACGCAGCGGCCUCUCAGUUGACCUACAGCAGCUCAGGAACCAGGUCUCUGCCCUGCAGGCCGAUCUUUUCAGGGAGGCAGAAAAGUCUCGCAACCUUUCGCUGCAAGUAGAGCAGGAGAUACAACGAAGGUCACUCAUCCAGACUGACUACAAGAAUCAAACAGCCGAACUCGCCAAGUUCAAAUCAAAAGAGAAACAUCUCCAUGGCGACAUGGAGGAAGUUCAAAGAGAAAAAAGUGAGCUUGUGGAGGAAAUCAAAAAAUUAAAAGAAGAAAUGUCCUUGAAUGACCUUCAGUUGAAGGAAAUACAAGACCAGUUUGAGGCGGAGCAGUAUUUCUCAUCCCUGUAUAGAAACCAGGUAAAGGAACUGAAAGAUGACAUAGAAGAGAAACGUAGUGCCAUCCAGGAUCUCCAGGCUGAUGUCAAGAGUCUCGCACAAGAAAAGGAGUCGCUAGGGGGCCAGCUGCAGCUGACCUUGGCCAAGGCCGACUCGGAGCACCUGGCGCGCACCAUCGCAGAGGAGCAGCUGUCAGACGUAGAGAAGGAGAAGACCAUGUUGGAACUGGAGGUGAAGGAACUUAUCACCAGGCACAAGAGCGAGGUCAACAAGAAGGACACCAUCAUUGCCAGUCUGGAGGAUUUCAAGAAGGACUCCAUGAGGAACAUGGAAACUUUGCAUGCAGACAAGGAUGACCUCAAUAACAAGAUGAAGCAGAUGACUUCUCAGAUAUCCAAUCUUCAAAACAAGCCAGCAAUGAACGAUGAGCUGGAUAAACUUCGAAAGAUGUACUCAGAGGAGAAGACAAAGAAAGAGCUAGCGGUGAACAAGCUGGCCGAGGUGAUGAACAGAAAGGACUUCCGUAACCAAGGCAACAAGAAGGGCGCCUCCACCUCCGAGCUGAGGAAGAAGGAGAAAGAGUGCAGGAAACUGCAGCAGGAGCUCCAAAUGGAGCGGGAGAAGUACAACAAGGUGAUGGAGAAGUUCCAGCGGGACCUGUCAGAGAGCCAGGCGGCCCUGUACGAGGAGGGACAGUCACGUACCAAGCUGCAGAUGGAGCUAGACGCCAAGGACAGCGAGAUAGAGCUGCUGCAACAGAAACUGAAUGUGGUCAACCUGGACAGUGCCUCAGUCCACAGUGGCAGUAUGGAGGACGGGGAUAACUCCAUGCAUAACUCCAGCCUCUCGUCUCCAGACAAUCAUAUGGAGGGCUGGCUAUCAGUUCCCAACAAACAGAACAUCAAGAAGUAUGGCUGGAGGAAGCAAUAUGUGGUGGUCAGCUCCAGGAAAGUGCUGUUCUACAGUAGCGAGGCCGACAAGCAGAAGUCUGCACCCAUGCUUGUGCUGGAUAUAGAGAAGCUGUACCAUGUGCGGUCAGUAACGCAAGGAGAUGUCUACAGGGCAGAUGCAAAAGACAUUCCCAGAAUAUUCCAGGUGCUGUAUGCUACUGAAGGUGAGAACAGGAAAUCUGAGGAGAACCCAGGGGAAACAAACAACCAGCCAAAGGCAGGUGCUAUUGACCAUAAGGGUCACGAGUUUAUAGACCUCCAUUUCCGUACUCCCACCACAUGUGAUUCCUGCAACAAGCCAAUGUGGCACAUGCUCCAUCCACCCAAUGCCAUGGAGUGCAGACGCUGUCACUUCAGGGUGCAUAAAGACCACUUUGACAAAAAGGAAGAGUUUGUUGGUUACUGCAAAGUUAACUUUGAUCAGAACAUCCAAGCGAAAGAACUGCUGCUUCUGGCAGAUACUUCAGAAGACCAGAAGACAUGGGUGAUGCACCUGAGCAAGAAAAUCUCCAAGAAAGGCAUUGUCAGCCAGGGAACAUUAGGGACGUCCAACCGAAACACGAAGCAAUACUCCUCGUUCGGUGCGUCCAAUCGAGCUGUAAGAUCAGGAUCUUCCGCGACUUUGCCCCCAAAUAUGCGACCCAACUGACCUUUGCACAUGAGCAUCAUGACUCUUCGCAACGUUGCACCUAUAUAUGCGUUCAAACUUACCCUUGGACUCGAGUGCACACAAAGAUAGCAAUUCUUUGCAACUUUGGAUCCAAAUUUGAGGGCCAACUGACUUUCGGACUGACUUUGGUGCUCUUGCACAUGAGAUUACCACUGAACAGGGCUCCAGACGUUCAGAAAAAUGCGAAAGAGGACACUAAGCCCAUGCAGUCUGCUUUAUAUAUAUAAAUAUAUAUACACAUAUCUCAAUAAGUAUUUUUCUACGCUAGUGAAGACCUGUUAUGUUUAUUUGUAUACAAUUGGAUAAUAUUUUGUUAAUUUGCUAUUAUAAAACGUAAUGGUUUUUCCUGUUAUAAGAAUUAAGAUAUCAUGCAAUCAUGUUAAUGUAUGUCCUGCAAUGCCAGUUUUAUUGUGCAAAGUUUUUUUUCCUGUAAAAAAAAAACUUAAUUAUAAUUAUAUUAACAAGGUAUAUGGAAAGCCCACCUGCACAAAUAUGGUGGUACAUGCAGUAUUUACUGUUAUGACCAUGGAGAACUGUAUGAAGUAUACAGCAUUAUAAUUUGCUGUCACAUUAGAUUAUUCAUGGCUCAUGGAAUCUUGUCGACUUAAGCUCGUGUAAUGGUAACAAAACAUGGUGGUGGGACAAGUUUGUGGUGCUGAUGUUUUUGUGGUUUCCUGGUGAUUUCACGUAGUCUUUUUGUUUCUGUGGUAACAGAUAUGUUGUGGCGAUAUAAUGUGGAAAGGACAGAAUAAGUCUUCAGAACUGAAUAUAGUCAGUGUAAUUACUUGUUGAAAAAAAGACAGAGUUUUGUCACAUUCCAGGUUUUGUGUUCACAUAUCUAUUCCCAGACUUAAGAUGGCCACACUUCAGGGUUUUCAUAACAAACCUUUUGCCAAUCAUAUUUAUUAUUUCAAGUGAAAAAUUAUUAUACUUCUUACAUACCUUAAAGGUGAAUGGAUUUUGUAUUCCAAAUCCUGUAGAACAUUAUGGCACUCUCUGGGAAAACUGGUGACAAUCCGUUCAGGUUUAUCAUUAACUACACAUUUGACUUCAUGGAAUUUUUCCCUGUAAGGAAAUCUCUUCUAAACAUAAACACUCUCGGCAGAAAGUAAUGUCAUGUUCAGUCGGCACAGGCUAAUCUGGGACGAAAUUGCACAUGCAUAAAACCCCUUUUUUCACAGAGCAUGACUCAUUUUUAAGAAUGAAUGUUUUACAACAUAGGCGAUAUUUCGACAAGCCUUACACUUGAAAGUGCAAGUAUUAUUCCAUGAGUCCCUGUAUGUUGUUGAUUUACAAGUCUGAAAAUGGGUUUGUGAAUGCAGGCCUACUAGCAAUGGACAUUUCUUGAGAAGUUCAUAUUGAUUGAAUUGCUUAGUGUGAAAAUGUGCAUAAUGCCAUGUGCAGCCAGUGUAGCUUCAGACCAGCCUGCGCGAUUGUCAUGCAAGGUUUCCUGAUAUGCCUUAUGUGGCAUGUGCAGCUUCAGACCAGCCUGUGCGAUAGUCAUGCAAGGUUUCCUGAUAUGCCAUAUGGGGCAAGCAUAGCUUCAGACCAGUCUGCGCUAUGAAGUCAUGCAAGGCUUCCUGAUAUGCCAUAUGUGGCCAGUGUAGCUUCAGACCAGCAUGCGCUAUGAAGUCAUGCAAGGCUUCCUGAUAUGCCAUAUGUGGCCAGUGUAGCUUUAGACCAGCCUGCGCUAUGAAGUCAUGCAAGGCUUCCUGAUAUGCCAUAUGUGGCCAGUGUAGCUUUAGACCAGCCUGGGCUAUGAAGUCAUGCAAGGCUUCCUGAUAUGCCAUAUGUGGCCAGUGUAGCUUUAGACCAGUCUGCGCUAUGAAGUCAUGCAAGGCUUCCUGAUAUGCCAUAUGUGGCCAGUGUAGCUUUAGACCAGCCUGCGCUAUGAAGUCAUGCAAGGUUUCCUGAUCUAAUGAGCGACCUUAUUAGUCCUCAUCUCAGUAUUAUGGAUGCAGAGACAUGUCUGGAGUUAUGUCUUAAACCUUUGCAUGCUGGGAAAUUUGUCGUCUGCUAAAAUGUUGUCUGCUGAAUUUCUAAAAUUAGCAUUUUCUUCGAUUUUUUUCGAAGAUUACUAUCAGAAUAGCAAACAGUUUGGAUCUGUGGCAUCUCAUCUGGAUCCAAACUGUUUGCAAAUGCCAUUACAAUUCGGUUCCAGCACUGAAAGAGUUAAGGCUUGAGUUUUGACACUCAUGGGCAAAUUUAUGAUGUGUUCAAUAUUCUUGCUGUAUUGAUUCUACUUAAGACAUUUCAACAGGUGCUUCAUUUAGGAACCAGUCUGUAACUGCUGUAUCUCAAUAAGAUAAUCAUUAACUCCACAACUCUUUGUAUUGGUGUUGAUGUAUGGCAUGGCCUUAAAUGUGCUUUUUGACAUGAUUGCCUUCAAGUUGCAUUUUGACUGUAGGUCAGUCAUGUUUUUAAUUUUAUAUUUAAUAUUGUUGACCUUGUUCAAAGAUUAUUACAUGCACUUACCAUUUCUUGAGUAACCAUUUUAUAGUACAUAUUGCUAUUUACAAUUUGCUCUAACUACCUUAUUGUUUUGCUUUAUCAUAAAAUAUUUGUUAUCUUUUGUAAAGACAUUUAAAUUAUAGUUUGCAUUGCUCCUCUGUUUAUAUGGCUUUAACUGCUGUUAAAUACAUUCCACAAAGCUAAAACUGUAUCUGACACAUUAUGUGAAAAUGGGUAAUUUGUCAAUCAAAAUCUGCGUUGAUCCAGUUUUGCGUGGGGAAUUACGCAGUCUGGUCAGAAGCCACACUGUCCGAUAUAAAUUACCCAAGGUGUUGUGGGUUCAUAAGCUGGCAGGGUAGCUCCUUAUCAGCCUGCGCAGACUCAUCUGGAGCUACGCUGACGUAAUAUGGCAUAAGACUCAUUUUCGAUUGAUGCCAGUUGUAUUUUAACAGAUGUUAUAUUCUCACCUUACGUAACCACAGCAGUUAACUGUUAGUCGGACUGUUCUGAAAUGUCAGGCAAAUACAGCAGGUUUGUUUGGUACAGCUUUAAAGGCUGAUUCUGAGUGAAAGAGGACCUGUAUCAUAUUGCAAGAAUCAUGCUGUACGUUUACGCACAAGGGCAGCAAGGUUCUUAAAAAUCUGUAUGCGAUUUUUCAGAAUAUUUGUGGGAAAUAUAUUAUACUCUAUCCUAAUCAUAGUUAAAUCUGUUUUCAAUAGCCUAGAAAUAGGUAAUCAUGUAGGGUUAUGUUGAUAAAUCUGUAGCAAUUUUGAUGAAACAAUCUUUUGAUUUAAGAACAAGAUGUUAGUUGAAUAUAUAUCAAUUGGCUUAUCUAGUUGUAUAAUGGCCUUCUACAAUCUGUUGUUGAUUGUUCGCAUAUAUGUCUUGUUCUGAGAAAAUUGGGCUUAAUGCAUGUGCAUAAAGUGUCGUCCCAGAUUAGCCUGUGCAGUCCGCACAGGCUAAUCAGGGACGACACUUUCCACUUUUAUAGUAUUUUUAGUUUCAAGGAAGUUCCUCCUAACUGAAAAAAAUGUUAAGGCGGAAAGUGUCAUCCCUGAUUAGCCUGUGCAGACUGCACAGGCUAAUCUGGGAGGACACUUUACGCACAUGCAUUAUGCCCAGUUUUCUCAGAACAAGACACAUAUAUCAGUGAAUGUUAAUACUAACUUACAUGUUAUGAUGGGGACUGCUAUGCCAUGAGAUAGUACUACACAUGAAUAUGUAUGUUACCAGAACACUGAACUGUGUUUAGUACAAACAAUUUUGUUACUUAUUUGUGUUCAUGUACAGUAGAACAGUAGUAGUGUGUUUGUAUGAGUUUUGUAUAAUGCAAGUCUUUCAUAUUCACACAGUUUGCUAGAAUAUUGCUCUAUAUCAUUAUGUUAUUUGUUAGUUAUAUUCUCAUGUUUCUUAAAUUUCUUAUGAAUUUUGACAUCUGAAAUGUGUACUUCUGAUAUAAGUCAAUGCAACACAGGCUGCUUUUUACAAAAAAAAUUACCAAAGGAUGAAAGAAAAUCAAUAUUAUGUUAAUAUACAAAUUAGCCUCUGUAUGUAUUAAGUACUCACUGGCUAAUCAGGGAAUACACUCUUGUCUGACUAGGAUUUUUAUAAAAGAAAAUCCAGUUUAAACAGAAAGUGUCUGACCUGAUUAGCCCGUGCAGUGGAUUAGUCUGUGCUGACUGCACAGGCUAAUUUUGGAUAACACUAUAUGCACAUGCAUAUAUCUCGGGUUUGCCAAAACAAGGCCAAAUUGAGGCAACUGAAAGUACUACAUUUAUGUUCAGUUAUUCAUUUGUAUCCGUAUUCGAUUCCUUUUUAUUUACUAAUCAGCAUAGUGCUUUAUAAUGGCCUGUGUGGACCAUCUCUUCCAAGCAUCGCUAUAAGGUGUACAUGAGUUUGUGCUGUUAUGGAUAUGUUUAUCAAUCAUGUACAUACUUCUGCUUGUAUAUACUGACAAGGAACAAAUAUAUUUUGUAAGCAUCAUGUAAAUAUUAUUUUAUAAUCAUCUAUGUGUAUAACACUAGGUCUUGUAUGUAUAGAGUUGUAGUUCAAUGAUUUAAGUAAGUAAUAUUUACUCAUUGGUAGAUUAUACUUGUUGGGUAUAUUUGUUAUAUUUAUAGACAUCUGUCUCUGUGAAAGUUCUUGUGCACUAUGACACUUGUUGUUGAAACUUUACCUCACACAUUAAGAACCCUUCUUUUGUCUGUGUAUGGCAGUAGAGAACAGAAAAACACAUUCACAGAUACUCUUAACCCUUCACCUCUUAGAUCCCUAUCUUAACUCAUUUGUAGUCCCUCAGAAAGUUAAAUUUUAUUGAAGGCCUUUCUUACUAGAUCCAAGUUUUAAAGAAUUCACUUCAGACCCUUAGAUACUGAUGAGCAGCAAACCUAGAUACUGAUGAGUUACUCGCAGGCUGUUCUGGUUUUAUGCUGUUUGCACAUAGGCAUUUUCACUUUGCUUCUGAGAGGGAAACGGUUUAAACAAGCAAAGCUUAUCAAGUUGGCGCUAUUAAGUAAAUAUGUAAGUUGUAUUGCCCCAUAUUAGUAUAUUAAAGAAGCCAUAUCAGGCAAAAAUGGGUUUAAUGCUUUAUAUGGCCAUUGUAACCCCAGAUCAGCCUGCGAAAUUGCUGGCCAUAUAUGGUAUAAGACCAAUAUUCACAUGACACGUGUCAAAUAUGCAUCUGCGGUGCAACUUAAGUUCUUCCUUAAUAUUACGCAAACAUGUAGUGAAAUAGGAUUUGAUUAAGUAAUGAAAGUAACUAGCAUUCACGGUAAAGUGUUCACAUGGAUUUUUUAAUCAGGACACAUGAACUGUCAAAAGGUAUAUUUCAAAAUUGAACACAGGUCAAUGUUAAUUCAUGGAUGUGAUAAAGUGAUGUUCUGUGUUUUAUUUUACGAAUUGAUUGCAUUGAAUCAAUCCACAUGUGCUUUAUUGUCCCCAACCAGUGAAACCGGAGGUUUGUGCUCUGUCUGUCUGUCAGUCUGUCUGUCACACUUUUCUGGAUCCUGCGAUAACUUUAAAAGUUCUUCAUAUUUUUUCAUGAAACUUGAAACAUGGAAAGAUGGCAUUAUGGAGAUUAUGCACGUCAUUUCAUUUUGUUCCUACGUCAAGAAUUUUGGUUGCUAUGGCAACAAAUAAAAGAAAAUACUGACAUUGGUGGAGUUUCACCGGUAGGGGACCAUAUUGCUUGGCAAUCUCUUGUUUAGGUUGUUAUAGAUACUAGCAUGUUCAAUGAAGCUGGAAGAAAGCUGCUAGGGUAGAUCUGUAUGACAUCAGACUGUGAUACAACCACACAAUUGUGUAAUAAUGUGUUUGUUUUGUUUCGUUCAAGUCUUGCUUAAUGCAUCUGUUAUCUUAAAAAAAAAAUGAAGCAAUGUUUGUUUAAUUAUUUUGCUGGCAUAUAUGAUUUUUUUUUUUUUUUCAUUUGAUAUAAUUUGUUGAAUGUUAUAAAUCCUUUUUUAACAUUUCAUUGGAUAUAAUUUGUUAAAUGUAAUUAAUCCUUAUAAUUUUGUUUCAUUUCCAGGCCAUAUGUUUUUGACCUGUUAUCGUUAUUUUUUACUAUAACUCCUAUAUUUGGAUUUACUUUUAGUGCUAAACUAACCCACAAGCUAAAGUAUUGAAUGUAUUCUCUCAUAUUUAACCAUUAUGGCACGUUAUAUUGUACUAUUCCUUGUUACCACACCUUUUGUACAUUAGUGUUUUUUUUACAUAUUUGGACUCCUGUUGUUAGCAUAAACCUUUGUUUGUGAGAAUAGAAAAGUGCUGUUUUGUCACUGACAAAUAUUGUUAUGUACAGUUAUUUUGUAAUCAUUUUAAUAUAUUAUUAUACUAUAGAAUAAAUAUGUAAUUCCAGCCUAGGAGGCUAGGCGAUGUUAAUUAGCAUGUAUAUUUGCCCAAUUAAAAUACUGCAAAACCUUA